AUUGUUAGCAAUGCAGUUUAACACUAACGGAGUCUUUCUCCAUCAAUGUCUGAUUGAUCAGCUUGUGGUCCACUCUGAUGGCACUGUCUUCCCGUCUGUCUCUUCUGCAGGGAUCCUUCAUGGAGCCGGACUGUGGCAGCUUCCUAAACAGCUGUACCUGCCUACGGAGGAGAAGUCUUGCCGGGCCCCUAACAGCCACCUUAAAUAUGUGUGGAAGAUGCUCCAGUCUCUGGGGCGGCCGGAGCUCCACAUGGCCCUGGAGGUGACCCUGGUGAGCGGCUCGGGUCAGGAGCAUGCUGGCUGUCUGCUCCUCACUUCGGAGGUGCUGUUUGUGGUCAGCCUCAGUGAGGACACCCAGCAGCAGGCCUUCCCCAUCACAGAGGUGGUGUGCCAGCAGGAGCCGGGGCAGGGGGGCCAGCUCAGCCUCACCUUACAGCAGCAGACAGUAGCCAGCGACACAGAGGUAAGACUCCCUGUAACGGACUGCACAUGGUGCAACAGGGUAUAU